AUGUUGUGUUGGCAGAACCUAUUAAAUCAAAAAUAGUUAAAUAUGUAUUUACAUCAAAAACCGUAACAAAUAUUUAAAAAUAAGCCUCAUAAUCAUCCUCCUGACAAAUAUUAAUUAUAAAAUUAACUGUCAAAAUAUUCACCUAUUGUGCCAACCUCAAGCAGCACUUAAAUUUUACUCUUUCGGAGCUUCAUUAUGAGAAAUUACCCCCCAAGAAUCAAUUUUAGCCAGUAUGCAGAAUAAUAAAGAUAAAUAAAUGAAAGAAAAGAAUAGCCAGCCUAUUUUAGAAUAAGAUUAAAUUGUGAAAAAUUAUUUGGAAUUGAGUUUGAGAAUAAAUAAUAUCAAAUUCUAAAGCCCUUAAAACUUACCAAAAUAUUUUCCUGUAAUCUGUAAAGAAAAUGUGAUGAUUAUUCCACAAUGAAAUAAUUUAUUUAAGUGAAAAUAAGAAAAUUGAACAUGGAAUAUAUUGACUAACUAAAUUAAGGGAAUUAGAAAGCUCUAAAUGAUUUCUAACUAGCACAAUAUUUAAAAUCAGUUAGCAUCAAUGACAUCUAGAAUAGAGGAAUUUGAAAUGAUCUAAUUAAAGAAUUUUCUAAAGUAAAGCUCACAUUUCUAUACCAGGCUAUUAAUUAUUUAAGUUCUACAAAAGGCUUAAAGUGUGAAUUUAUUUUCGAUAGAAGACUGUUACGAUAAACAUGCUAUUAUUUCAUUCUGAUUGUAUCUGGGAGGUGGACCUAUCUAGAGCUAAAUAUUCUAAAGAGCAAGAAAUAGAUAAUAAGACCGCU